UUGCCAGAUAAUUGGAUUUCUAAGAUUACAAAGUGCCAAGGAAAAAUGAUCUGUUUGCAGGAAAUACCGGGGAGCACUGAAAAUCCAUGCAUGGAGAUAGGAGUAGAUGAAUGGAAAGUUUCUCAGCAGUGUUUUCCCACUUGUUAUUAUUGCUUUCCCAAUUAUUUGCCUGGUUUUGAACACUAAAAAACACGAUGUCCUUUGAAGCCUGUUUCGCGUGUCUAGAAAUAGCAGCCAUUGUAUGUUUAUUAUUUUUCACUCUGUAUGGAAGAGGACAAAGAAACACGAGGAAUCACAUUUAUGUAGUGCAUUACAAAGCCUGAACAACAAACAGGUUUUGAAAACAUCCUGGGAAGUUUCCAUCGUUAACUUAAUAUCUGCUGUAUAAAUGAGCAUGGAAAUGGAAAGCUGCUGCAGUAGGCAUUGGUAGCAUUGCAUCCACGUGGGUGCUUUAGCACUUAGAAAGAGGCAGCCCGGGGAGCUGAGGGAAAAGUGCCUGUUUUGUUUGUCUCAAUCUUUUUCCUGUUAUAGAAAAUGUUUUCUUGCAGAAGGAGGUAGGGAACACAAUGGCUGGGUUGUGUGCAGGGCUUGUUUCCUUGUGCUUCUUGCUGGAGAAGUCCCUCAGGUGCACUCAGCUUGGAUUUCAUUCACAUGGUUCCAAUGAGGCAUCCCAGUAAGGUUUGCUUUUCAGAUCCGUGCACUGAUGGAUGCCCCACUGACCUGAAGGUGGGACUAGGGAAUAAACAGUGGAAAAUAUCAUCAUAAAGGUUGGGAAAGACCUCUAAGACCCCCAGGUCCAACCCCAACCCACCCUGUCAUGCCCACUGAGCACAUCCCUCAGUGCCACAUCUCAGCCCUGGAACUGUAAUGUCUUUGUAUUUAAAGGUACAAUCCUGCUGUGUAGUGAGUUUCUUUAGUUCUUUAUAAUAUAGAUUGUAUUAAGAAGUCUUCAAUUGCAUCCUACGCUUAGCAACAGGACUUAGUUCUUAAGCGGAAUUCCUGCUUGAGUGUUUUUCCUCCUCCUUUUAGAUAACCUACCCUGGAAAGGUUUUAUGAGCUUCCUGGUGACCUUGGCCAGGCUGUGCCAGUGUGUAGCGAGCAGCUCUUAAUGAGAAUUAAAGAGGUUUUGACUUGACUGCUUUGUUUGCAUAGUUUUCAGAUAAUACCUUUUAAAAUAAAGCCCAGCAGCUAGAAGUUUGCACGAGAGAUUGCAAUCAAUCCAGCAGGCCUGUUUCACCUGCGAGAUGGAGCUUACUGAAACUGAUAGCUUUUAAGGCUUGUUGGCUAACACAGCAGCAGAGUUACCUUACAAUGGAAAUGCUUUGUGCCUGGUGUGUACCAGCAGUGGCUCCUGGAGGAGGAUCUUGAAAACUUCUCUAUAACAGAUUUACACGGAUUGGGCUAAUCACUAUCUGGCAAAAUCCGGCCACAAGAGAUUGAUAAAGGAUCUGCAGCAAGAUGUGACUGAUGGAGUCUUACUAGCCGAAAUCAUCCAGGUUGUAGCAAAUGAAAAGAUUGAAGACAUCAAUGGCUGCCCAAAGAACAGAUCUCAGAUGAUUGAAAACAUAGAUGCGUGCCUGAGUUUCCUGGCUGCUAAGGGGAUUAACAUACAGGGGCUGUCAGCAGAAGAGAUCCGAAAUGGGAAUCUAAAGGCCAUCUUGGGCCUGUUCUUCAGUUUGUCUCGAUACAAGCAACAGCAGCAGCAGCCACAGAAACAGCCAGCACAGCACCAUCUGUCCCAGCCAGCACCUUCCGUGUCCCAGCACUCAGGGCCUCCAUCUCAGGGCCAGGCUGGGCUGCAGCAGCAGCAACAAGUGCCAGCUUCGCUCCAAACUCAGUGCCAACAGCCCCAGCAAGCUGCACAGCAUCCGUUUAAAGCACAACCAGAAAUGCAGUCAAGUGCAUCUCCCAGGGACUCAUCUCAAAGCAAAAUCAUCCGAUUCACUCUUGGUCAGAAAAAGUCUUCUAGGCUCCCAGGCCCAACCACAAGGGUGUCCACUGCAGGCAGUGAGACAAAAACUCGUGGUUCUAUCAGUACCAACAAUCGCCGCAGCCAGAGCUUUAACAACUAUGACAAGUCCAAGCCUGGAGUUCUUCUUCCAGCACCCACAUGUUGCAAUGAAAAAGAGCCUGCAGACAGUACAGCCUUCCAGCCCACAGGAAUGAAUGAAAAUGUAUCAUCCUCAGUUCAAAGCUGUAGCGGUACUACAAGUUGCAAUAACUCCUCGGCCAUCCCUCAGCCCAGCUCUGCUAUUAAGCCUUGGCGCAGCAAGUCCCUCAGCGCUAAGCACACAGCGACGUCUUCCAUGCUGUCCAUAAAACAGCCCGUACCAGAGCCUCCAAAACCACCCUCAGAAGUCGUCAAAGCAACUCCCAAUGGCCAAAAAUCCAUGCUGGAAAAGUUGAAACUCUUCAAUAGCAAAGGAGGCUCCAAAGCAGGAGGGACGAUGCUCGAGUGUUCAGCAUCUCGUGACAGCAGUUGUGAAAAACUUGAGGCACUUCCCAGCUUCGAGGAGAGCGAAGAAAUCGAUGCCACGAAUCAGAAUGUGAGCAAUCCGGGAUCCAUGUCCAGUAGCCCUAAAAUUGCACUCAAGGGAAUCGCACAAAGGACUUUUAGCCGGGCACUGACUAAUAAGAAAAAUUCUCCCAAGGGUAAUGAGAAGGAGAAAGAGAAACAGAAGGAGAAAGAAAAGGAUAAAAGUAAAGACACGGGAAAACGAACAUCUAUCACCGAAAAGCUGGAUGUGAAAGAGGAACCAAAAGAAGAACAGACAGUGCUAGCAACAACAGAGAUGCCAAAAAAGUCCUCAAAGAUUGCAAGCUUUAUUCCAAAAGGAGGAAAGCUGAACAGUGCCAAGAAGGAGGCCUCGGCCCCUUUGCACAGUGGAAUACCAAAACCAGGAAUGAAAAACACCGCAGGGAAAUCCUCAAGUGCCCCAGUUUCUACAAAAGAGAGUGAGAGGAGCCGCAGUGGGAAACCUGGCUCGGGACUCUCGCAUCAGAAGUCUCAGCUAGACAGCAGGAAUUCCAGUUCCUCUUCAAGCUUAACUUCUUCUGAAGGAAAAGGCAUCGGAGGCCUCAACAGCAGCAACAGCAGCCAGUCUGUAAGCAGCGGGCCGGCCACCACACACAGCACGGGCAGCAACACCGUCAGUGUUCAGCUACCUCAGCCCCAGCAGCAAUACAGCCACCCAAACACGGCCACAGUAGCUCCGUUCAUGUACAGAUCACAGACAGAGAAUGAAGGAAAUGUAACAGCUGAGGCCAGCACGGGAGGGGUCAACAUGGAUUCUACUCUCUAUGUCAAAACUGGACAGCCUGGUCUCGAAGAUCUCUCAGGAGAGGAUCCAGAAACCCGGCGACUACGAACUGUGAAAAAUAUUGCUGAUCUUCGACAGAACUUGGAGGAAACGAUGUCCAGUUUGAGGGGAACCCAGGUCACUCACAGCACUUUGGAAACAACGUUUGACACCAACGUGACCACAGAGAUAAGCGGUCGCAGCAUUCUCAGCUUGACCGGACGACCAACCCCUUUGUCAUGGAGACUGGGGCAGUCCAGCCCCCGCCUGCAGGCAGGUGAUGCUCCAUCCAUGGGAAACGGGUAUCCUCCCAGAGGGAACGCCAGCCGCUUCAUCAACACAGAAUCAGGCCGUUACAUGUAUUCAGCACCUCUAAGGAGACAGCUAGCAUCCCGUGGUAGCAGCAUCUGCCACGUGGACAUCUCAGACAAGGGAAGUGAUGAAAUAGACCUGGAAGGCAUCACCAUGGAUGCCACCGGCUACAUGAGUGAUGGAGAUGUGCUGGGCAAGAAUAUCAGGACCGACGAUAUCACCAGUGGGUAUAUGACUGAUGGUGGCUUGGGACUCUACACUCGAAGGCUGAACCGGCUGCCUGAUGGCAUGGCUGCAGUGCGGGAGACGAUGCAGCGCAACACGUCCCUGGGACUGGGAGAUGCUGACAGCUGGGAUGACAGCAGCUCUGUCAGCAGUGGGAUCAGUGACACCAUAGAUAAUCUCAGCACUGAUGACAUUAACACCAGCUCCUCUAUCAGCUCUUAUGCCAACACACCUGCCUCCUCCCGUAAAAACUUAGAUGCACAGACUGAUGCAGAAAAGCAUUCCCAGGUCGAGCGGAAUUCCUUAUGGUCCAGCGAUGAAGUCAAGAAAUCAGACGGAGGAUCUGACAGUGGCAUAAAAAUGGAGCCAGGGUCUAAAUGGAGGCGGAAUCCCUCUGAUGUGUCUGAUGAAUCUGAUAAAAGCACUUCUGGUAGGAAGAAUGCUGUUAUUUCGCAGACGGGUUCCUGGCGACGGGGCAUGUCGGCUCAGGUUGGCAUUACCACACCAAGGACUAAACCUUCAACCACCUCGGGCGCAUUAAAGACACCUGGAACAGGGAAAACUGAUGACGCCAAGGUAUCAGAAAAGGGUAGACUAUCUCCUAAGGCUGGACAUGUUAAACGUUCCCCAUCAGAUGCAGGACGCAGCAGUGGUGAUGAAUCCAAAAAGCUUCCCACAAGUAACUCUAGAACAACUGCUGCUAAUGCUAAUGCAUUCGGAUUUAAGAAACAGAGCGGGUCAGCCGUAGGCAUGACUAUCAUUACGGCCAGUGGGGCAACUAUCACCAGUAGAUCAGCUACUCUGGGAAAAAUCCCAAAGUCAUCUGGACUCAUGGGUAGGACCGCUGGUCGGAAGACUAGUGUUGAUGGCUCACAGAACCAGGAUGAUGGCUACUUAGCGCUUAGUGCCCGAACUAACCUUCAGUAUCGUAGCUUACCCCGGCCCAGUAAAUCAAGUAGCAGAAGUGGAGCUGGGAAUAGAUCAAGCACUAGUAGCAUAGACUCCAACAUAAGCAGCAAAUCAGCUGGGUUGCCUGUCCCUAAAAUGAGAGAGCCGGCCAAGGUAAUUCUUGGAAGCUCUCUGCCAGGAUUAGUCAAUCAGACUGAUAAAGAGAAAGGGAUUUCGUCUGACAACGAAAGCGUGGCCUCAUGUAAUUCUGUUAAAGUGAACCCUGCAUCACAGACUGCUUCUAGUGGAGCUCAAAGUACUCACCAGCAAGGAGCCAAGUACCCUGAUGUGGCCUCUCCCACUUUGCGCAGACUUUUUGGUGGAAAGCCUAGUAAGCAAGUUCCCAUCACAACAGCAGAAAAUAUGAAAAAUUCAGUAGUCAUCUCCAAUCCUCAUGCUACUAUGAACCAGCAGGGUAAUCUUGAUUCACCAUCUGGCAGUGGUAUACUAAGCAGCGGGGGCAGCAGUCCUCUCUAUAGUAAGAACACAGAUUUGAACCAGUCUCCACUAGCUUCUAGUCCCAGUUCUGCACAUUCAGCUCCUUCCAACAGUUUAACGUGGGGCACCAACGCAAGUAGCUCUUCAGCUGUUAGCAAGGAUGGCAUUGGUUAUCAGUCCGUCAGCAGUCUUCAUACCAGCUGUGAAUCCAUUGAUAUCUCUCUGAGCAGUGGAGGUGGGCUGAGCCAUAACUCCUCCGGUAGCUUGAUUCCAGCCUCUAAAGAUGAUUCUCUGACUCCUUUUGUCCGAACCAACAGCGUUAAGACCACACUGUCUGAAAGCCCUCUUUCUUCCCCUGCCGCUAGUCCCAAAUUCUGCAGAAAUACUUUGCCCAGGAGACAGGACAGCGACCCACAUCUUGAUAGGAACACUUUGCCUAAGAAGGGACUCAGGUACACUCCUUCCUCCCAACUUCGUAGCCAGGAAGAUGCAAAAGAAUGGCUACGGUCGCAUUCAGCAGGAGGGCUCCAGGACACUGCUGGCAAUUCUCCAUUUUCAUCGGGAUCCAGCAUAACGUCACCUUCUGGAACUAGAUUUAACUUCUCCCAGCUUGCAAGCCCAACCACUGCAGCCCAGAUGAGCCUGUCAAAUCCAACUAUGCUGCGGACCCACAGCCUUUCCAAUGCAGAUGGUCCCUAUGACCCCUAUAGUGACACACGCUUCAGGAACAGCUCCAUGUCCUUGGAUGAGAAGAGCAGGACAAUGAGCAGAUCUGGCUCGUUCCGUGAUGGCUUUGAAGAAGUGCAUGGUUCUUCUCUCUCUUUGGUGUCCAGUACGUCAUCUAUUUAUUCAACACCUGAAGAGAAAUGCCAAUCAGAGAUUCGCAAGCUACGAAGAGAGUUGGAUGCGUCCCAAGAGAAAGUAUCAGCUCUGACAACUCAGCUAACUGCAAAUGCCCACCUUGUGGCAGCAUUUGAGCAGAGUCUGGGAAACAUGACGAUCAGACUGCAGAGCCUCACCAUGACAGCUGAGCAAAAGGACUCAGAACUGAAUGAGCUAAGGAAGACUAUUGAACUACUGAAGAAGCAAAAUGCUGCUGCCCAGGCUGCCAUUAAUGGUGUCAUCAACACACCUGAGCUCAGCUGCAAAGGAACUGGAGCUGCUCAACCCGCAGACUUGCGGAUCCGAAGGCAGCACUCUUCGGAUAGCGUCUCCAGCAUUAACAGUGCUACCAGCCACUCCAGCGUGGGAAGCAACAUAGAGAGUGAUUCAAAGAAAAAGAAGAGGAAGAACUGGGUCAAUGAGUUACGCAGCUCCUUCAAGCAAGCUUUUGGUAAAAAGAAGUCUCCCAAGUCAGCAUCUUCUCAUUCAGAUAUUGAGGAGAUGACAGAUUCUUCAUUACCUUCAUCACCAAAGCUACCGCACCAUAACUCUACUGUUUCGACACCGCUGCUGAGAGCUUCUCAUUCCAAUUCUCUUAUUUCUGAAUGCACAGACAGUGAAGCAGAAACAGUCAUGCAGUUACGCAAUGAACUAAGAGACAAGGAGAUGAAGUUGACUGACAUUCGUCUAGAAGCCCUCAGCUCUGCUCAUCAGCUUGACCAGCUUCGGGAAGCAAUGAACAGAAUGCAGAGUGAAAUCGAGAAGUUAAAAGCAGAAAAUGACCGACUGAAAUCUGAAAACCACGGCAGCUGUAGCAGGGCUCAGUCUCAGGCUUCCAUUUCAUCCUCUCCGAGACAUUCGGUGGGCCUCUCUCAACACAGUUUGAACCUCACGGAGUCAACUAGUCUCGACAUGCUGUUAGAUGACACUGGUGAUGGCUCUGCCCGCAAGGAAGGAGGCAGACAUGUCAAAAUAGUUGUCAGCUUUCAGGAUGAAAUGAAAUGGAAGGAGGAUUCAAGGCCUCGUACCUUCCUCAUAGGCUGCAUUGGAGUGAGUGGGAAGACCAAAUGGGAUGUUCUGGAUGGUGUUGUUAGACGGUUGUUUAAGGAAUACAUCAUUCACGUGGAUCCAGUGAGUCAGCUGGGGCUGAAUUCAGACAGUGUUCUGGGAUACAGCAUUGGAGAGAUCAAACGCACAAAUAGUGCCGAGACACCUGAGCUGUUGCCCUGUGGCUACCUGGUGGGAGAAAACAAUACUAUUUCGGUUACCAUCAAAGGUAUCUGUGAAAACAGCUUGGACUGCCUGGUGUUUGAGUCGCUGAUCCCAAAGCCCAUACUGCAGCGCUAUGUCUCUCUCCUGAUGGAACACCGUCGGAUUAUCUUGUCUGGCCCCAGUGGCACUGGUAAAACAUACCUAGCAAACCGGCUGUCUGAAUAUAUGGUCCUGCGGGAGGGCAGGGAGCUGGCUGACGGAAUUAUUGCAACCUUCAACGUGGACCAUAAGUCCAGUAAGGAACUCCGCCAAUACCUGUCCAACCUGGCAGACCAAUGUAAUAGUGAAAAUAAUGCUGUAGAUAUGCCUCUUGUUAUUAUUCUGGACAACUUGCAUCAUGUUAGCUCCCUAGGAGAAAUCUUCAAUGGACUUCUAAAUUGCAAGUACCACAAAUGUCCGUAUAUUAUUGGCACAAUGAACCAAGCCACCUCGUCAACACCGAAUCUUCAACUUCACCAUAAUUUCAGAUGGGUGCUAUGUGCUAACCACACCGAGCCAGUCAAGGGCUUUCUUGGCCGUUUCCUGAGGAGAAAACUGAUUGAAACAGAGAUCAGCGGCAGGAUGAGAAAUGCAGAGCUGGUUAAAAUUAUUGAUUGGAUUCCAAAGGUCUGGCAACAUCUGAACAAGUUCUUGGAGGCUCACAGCUCCUCUGACGUUACUAUCGGUCCACGGCUCUUCCUCUCUUGUCCAAUAGAUGUGGAUGGUUCAAGAGUUUGGUUUACUGACUUAUGGAACUACUCCAUCAUCCCAUAUCUCCUGGAGGCAGUUAGAGAAGGGCUGCAGCUGUAUGGGAGGAGAGCUCCUUGGGAGGAUCCUGCCAAAUGGGUAAUGGAUACGUACCCGUGGGCAGCCACCCCACAGCACCACGAGUGGCCUCCUCUGCUACAGCUGCGGCCUGAGGACGUGGGGUUUGAUGGCUACUCCUUAUCACGGGAAGGCUCAACCAGCAAGCAAGUUCCAGUGAGUGACGCUGAAGGAGAUCCACUGAUGAACAUGCUAAUGAGACUGCAGGAAGCCGCCAACUACUCAAGUCCCCAGAGUUACGACAGUGACUCCAACAGCAACAGCCAUCACGAUGACAUCCUCGAUUCAUCUCUGGAGUCUACGUUGUGAUCUUCAGUGGAUAGAAAUAGGUCAUUUCCAUGAUUGCUCUCCCACUCGACAAGAAUCCCAAUCACAGACUCAUGAAAGGAACGUGUUCCUGGGCUGGGCUGGUAUCUCAGUAUUAGAGCUGCAAGAACAAGAAGACACUUAGAGUCAGUCUUGAACCUGGGUGCAGGCAACCCAAGCAACCUUUGUAUUGUUUUUCUUCUUACAAUGAUAAGAACUGCACUAUUCCUUUGUUUUCUUCUGUUUAGUUGCUGUAAGCUCUCAUGCCUAAGAUACUGAAGAUGUUAAAAAUACUCAUCAUUACUAAAAGAAAAAAUAGUUAAAGGGAGGGGAGGGGGGAAGAUCUCACAGCUAUAAAGCGAACAGAUUUGUGCCAUGUCCCGUGAGAGGGGAGAGGAAAUUUUUGCCUAUGCUGCUUUUGACCAAACACAUAUAGGUGAGGGCUGGACUUUUACCAAUCAGCUUUUCAGAUUAAACUCAGCUUUGUAUAGUUUUGGUGCUAUAACAAUAUUGCUUGCCUUGGUAUAAUACUCCGUGAAGGCAAAGCUGCUAAACAGGGAAGUCUGAAUAAAUAUAAUACAAGGGAGGUGGGGGGGUGGAAAAAAGAAUGAUAAGAAAAAACACUGCUCUUCUUGCCAGUCUGAAACCUUGGCUUUCUUUCGUUAUGUGCUUGUAAAGAUAGACAUAUAUAUAAAUAGGAAUAUAUAAAAGUAUAUAUUCAGUCUGAAAAAAUCAGGUUGUUUCCAGCACUGUGUAACCAUCAAUCCUACUACUGGUUAACUAUCAGGUGGCUCUCUGCUACGCAGGGCCCAAUUCUCCUCCCACAUCCUUCCAUGAUGCUCAGUUGACUUCAGUGGGAGGGAGUUUUCCUCCUCUGCAGAAGUCCUACAGAUCUAGGGGACCUCAGGGAGCCCGCAGGCAUCCCGUGAGCCCUGUGUACAGAGGGUGGGUAGUUACACCCUGAAGGGAUGGGUCAGACUUUUGGUUCUUAAUUCUUGCCAUGAAACGUUACAGCAGUUUUCUAUAAACGUUGGGUUUUGUUCCAGUCAGCACAACCACAAAUGGGUUAGUUACAACUCAGCUCUGUUCUUUUUAACUGCAAAUAUAUAUCUAUAUAUGUAUAGUAUUCUAGCGGGCAGGAAGGUACUGCGUCUUUUGAGUUUACCCAGGCCAUGCUUUUGAGUUUUGGCAGAGCUGUGAACCUGGUUUUAUUUCUCCUCCUCUCCGAACGCACACACCUACGCUCUCAGUGUUAAGGCUUUGUACUUCUGUUGGGGAACAGGAGCACCUCACCAAGAAUUGCACUUUCCUCUCCAUGGAAACAAAUGCUCACACCAGCGGCCCCACCAAGCCAGCUGCCCUGGGCUGUACCUCAACACAACCACCACUCCUCACUGUUGACCUGUACGAGCCUUUCCAGCUAUCUUUUGGUGCUGAAUUUUAAAGCGAUGCCUUAUUUUGUACUAAUUGUGUUGAUGAAAUUAGUGCUGUAUAUUCUGGGAUUUUAUUUAAAUAAAACAGGGCUAAGUCAUCUCUUGGAAUAUCGUACGUUGCUGUGAAUACGGUUUGUACGAGACGUUAGGAUUCGUCGCAAUGUGACGAAACAAAAUAGAUAAAAAGGAGGGAGAUGAGAACUUUUCAGGUUCAUAUCAGUCUGCAGCUAUAAAUCCCUGAAGAGCUCUUUUAUCCAUGCAGGAAAAGAUUUUCAACUAGAAUAAAUGCUGUCAUUAAAUUACAGAAACGAGCUGGGGUUUGUCAGCGUACAGAAAGAAAACUCACGAGGAUCACUUCCUUAAGAGCCUGUUAAUCCUUGUGGGUUUAGAGUGAUGGAAGAGACGAGUUCUUGCUCCUGGGACUCAGUUGGAGAGGAUAGUUUGAUGAUACCUCAUGACUUCCUGUAACGUACCUGUGCUUACAUUGUCUUACUGAGCUGGUCUUGAAUCUGCUCCUGUUACAACUUCUAAGUGCUGAUGACUUCUUUUUUUUUUUUAAUUAUUAUUAUUUUAAAGAAAAAUGUUGUAAAAGAAAAAUUUAAAUAUUUUAAUGAUGGGGGGGGGGGAGAGAAGCUUGCUGUUGUUGCCGUUUUUAACUCUCUGAACUCUUCGUUAUGUCACUGAAUGAAAUACCAAGGGUUUACUCAGCUGAUGUUCCUGAUGUGGUCUUGGUAUCGUCCAAAUGGGGUGACUGUAUGGAAUUAAAUGCAUGGCAUGCUGGCAAUGACUGACAGAGAGGUUAAUUUUUCCAGUAGUCCUGACAGUUCUGCCUCCCAGCACUGAGUUUACCUGUUACUACUGUGAAUCUUGAUGCCUAAUCCUCCAACUCAAUCCAUGCAGACACAGCAUGUGCCUGUUGCAGGGCUAGGGCUUUCAAUGGACUUAAUAUCCUAGAAAACAUCUCAGUUAAUCUUUAACUGAGUGCUAUAAGACAUGUUUAUAAUGGUGUUUUUAUUUGCGGGGAAUGGGGUAUUUUUUUUUUUCUCAUGCUUAAUCCUGUGCUCAGGCCCAGGAAGGAAUUUCUGUUGUCUAUCAUUUUGUAUUGAUUACAGUAAAGGGCAAUUUCAAUGCUCAUCCUGAGCGUCACAGGAUUCAAUGUCUUUGUGAAACAUGGGGAGGCAGGGUUACCUGCGGUGUGCACUUAGUUUUUAUCAAGACUUCAGUCUUUCUCUAAGUGACUUUCUUCUCAUUUAAGGCUUUUUCAGUAACACUUCCUUUCCUUUUACCUUUUUUUUUUUUCUCUCUUUUUUUUUCCUACAAAGUUGGCUUGUUUUAAAGGAGAACAACAAAGGAAAAAGUAAAAGAAAAUGAAGUUUCUAUGCAACAUUCACGUUGUGUUCUAAACUGCAAAUAUAAACCAUUCUCUUCAAAACUGCCAAGAGUGAUACAGGCCAUAAAUGAGACGUGGUUUAUUUGGGGAAGGGGAGGGAGGGGAGGGUUCAUCUUUUUGUACAUUUUGGAAGAAGCAAACUGGUAUUUCAUUGUUGAUGCUUAACUUGGAUAUUCUGUGUAUGAAACCUUGUCUAAAUGUGGCAAUUUUCUUUCAAGAAAAAGGAAAAAUAAUACAAAAACUAAGCAAAAAAAAAAAUAAUAAUACUAAUCUUUCUUUGUGGAUAUUAAAUGGAAGGUUGCUGUUUGAAUCUAGUUGUUUCCAGUGGAGCAGUUUAUGAAAUAUGUUCUAUAAGAUGUACAUUUUUUCAUUGUAACAUAGAAAUGUAAAUAUUUGAUUAAAAGUGCUGCAUUUUGAUGAAUUUUUUCUAGCCAUUUUUAAAGAGAAAAAACUAGGAAUCGAGUAUUUUGUGUACGUUUAUGAUGUUUUCCAUUCGCUCCUCUCCCUAUUUAAUUUUCAGUUCUCAUUUAGGAUUGGAAUUUGUGAAUGGUCUGUUUGAGAUCAUGCUCCCCUUCUCACCCUCCCCACUUCUCCCCCUUCCCCCUCCCCUGUGUCAUGGAGAAUAAAGCUGAUGAUUGUACCAGUCUUAAAUUAUUCAUGAUUCAAUAAAAUUGAUGCUUAUUUAUUCAGA